AUGGGGGAUCUCACGCAUGUAUUGGUCGAGUUCGAGGAGAACGAGGCCUUGAGGCUUCUGCCCAAGUGUAGCCACGCCUUCCACCUGCCCUGCAUUGACACCUGGCUGAAAUCGCAUUCUAAUUGCCCUUUGUGCCGUGCCAACGUGGCCGCCUCGGGUCAGCCGGCUGUUGAAGUGAAUGCCUGCGAGGCUCGGAGGCGGGAGGACUUGGUCCUGGUCGUGGACGGUCGUCGGGACAGCGUUUUCCACGAGAGGGUUGUUGCGGUUAACGGCGAUGAUGUCGGCGGUGGUGGAAAUUUCGGGGAUCCACGAAAGCGGCUUUUGGUUUCGGAUAUUUUGAGAUUCGAAGAGAUUGAAGAGUAUGUGAGAGUGGAGAUUGAUGAGCUGUGGAAGGAGGCCGGGUCGUCUAGUGUGGAUAGGGGCAGAGAUGGAAAUUUGCUCGGAAGCCCGGGUGAGGUGAGAAGAGAGUUCAUGGCCAAAGAUCAUGAUAAAGGCAAGAAUUCAGUUGUUCAAGAUUGA